GUCGUCUCCGCCUUCGCCGAAACAAGGCGCCAUUUCGGCGGACGGGCGCCGCGCGUGGUGGUCUACAACGCGGCUACCGUGAGCUCGCCGCCCGACGCGGAUAACAUGUUUAGCAUGUUGCGUGAGGCGUACAAGAGGGAUGGGACGGUGAUGAAUACCUCUGCGUGGGUUGCUGCUGGGGAGGUUGUCAAGGGGUGGAAUGAGGCUGGUGGUGAUGGGGAGGAGGAGGCGAAGAAGGGGAGGUUUAUUUACACGGGAAACUUUUUGAACGAGACGAUUUUGCCGUUGGCAGAGUAUGUCACGCUCGGGGUUGGCAAGAAUGCGGCGUGGUAUUGGGUGAAUGUUGCUGAUGGGCUGUAUAAGGCGUCCAAGGGGUGGAGGUUCUUUUAUGCUGACGAGAGGAAGGAGGAUGGGAGUUUUAUUGGGGAUACGCCUGGUCCUGAAUCUAACGGGACGUUUUUACUUGGAGCUCGCUGAAGGUGCGCGGGAUUUGCCUUCUACGGUUACUUUUGUCGAUGGCAAGUAUAAGAAGUUUUAGGCACUUCUUUUGGUGGGAGGUCAACCUUUUGUUUGCGAGGAGAGGUUGAACCGGAACCGGCCAGAAUGAUGAAAAUCAAGAUAUCUUCAAAGUAAAAUAUUCCAAGUCUAGAAUUCGGGACUGAAGGUUUUCCUUUUUAGCAGGA